AUGCAUAUUACAUUGUUAAUCUCAUUUUUUUACUUUAUCGUCUUCCCUUUUUUUUUUUUUGUUUGGAUGCAAUCGAUUAAAGACCUACAAGAAUGGUAAUCUUGGGAUGGUAGCAGCGAUUUUUAAGCUAAGACUUGUCAAUUUGUGGACUAUGAACAUGCUUUCCAAACCUUGAGAAUGAUGCAAACACUCUUUCUAUCAUACUCCAAGUUGCUUCACAAUUGUUACCAGACCUUUCCUCGUGAAGAUUCCAGUCAAAGAUUUGAGAGGGUAGAAAUACCUUGCGGGGAAACAAGCCUGUAGUAGAGCUGUAUGAAAGCAUUUUCCCAUUGAGAGUGAGUACCAUGUGUGGCUUCGUUCUCUGGCAUUCAUAAAGACAUUCGUGGAUUUUUAUUAGCUGGGUUCAUAGCUGCUGGUUUCUUUUUUCUUUUCUUUUUAUUUUAAUUUUUUUUUUUUUUUUUUUGGGAGAUUCAUCUUCAUUGGUUUUUAGUUUUAAUAUUUUCUGUGCUCUAACAUUUUCCCUUCUCUGUGCAGACUGCCCGUUGGACCUAAGUUGGUCAAACUUUACUUUGGCAGCCUCUGUGUGCUCUGAUGGGAAUGAGAGGGGAAAGUGUUGCCGGUUCAUCAAUGCCUUCGUCGCCGUCUCUGUUUCGCGCUAUGCGAGCUCUACAGGUCAAUUGGGUGUUCCAGCUGCAUUCUCAGAAACAUGCCUCAAUUUUGUCUCAGAAACCUUGCGACAACGUGGUAUUCCAUCCAAUGCAAUGGCAUUCUGCGGUCUGGGGACGAAGAUUUUGGUCAGCUGUCAGUGUGAGGGACGGGCGACCGUGCUGGAAAUGCUCCAGUCUCCUAACUUUUCUGACGUAGUUACUAGCUGCAAGGCACCGAUAUCUCUGGAGAGCACAUGUAAAAGGUGCUUGACCUCUGGCAUCCUGUACAUUCAUCGCCUUGUUGGAUCCCAAGAUAAUGUGACCUUGAGUACCUGUCGUGACGCGACUUUUGUCACUCUCACCAACCAAGGCAAGAACCUCUCGGCUGUUGACAUGGUGAGCUGCUUCUUCGGAGUUCAGGCCCUCAAUAUAGAUACAGGUACAUCGAUUUUGUUUGGAUUUCUGUCGCUUUAUUAUUAUUAUUAUUAUUAUUAUUAUUAUUAUUAUUAUUAUUAUUAUUAUUACUAUUACUAUUAUUAAUACUAUUUUAUUUGGCUGAAACUUUGCAUCUGUUGUUCGUGUUUCAGACCCGCUUCUUCAGUCGCCCAUGUCCGCAGCUUCAUCGAAUCCUCCAUCAGCCGAAGCCCCCUCUAAACACGCGUCAGCCAGGCACUACCAGCGUUACCAUCUAGCGUUGAUCCCGGUGGUUGGCAUAGCCGUCACGGGCACGGCCACUCUACUCCUGGCGUUUCUGAUUCUGCUCAUUCAUAGGAAGAGGAAAGAACUGAAGAUCACUGACAGCAUCUCUGGGCCUUCUCAGGAGGGUUUCCCUCCUCCUCCUCAUCGUAAAUUUUCCGAAGGUCUGCUCAUUCGCACCUUGUUACUCGAUCCAAGGGCCAGACCCAGAGAAAAGGCUGUAGAAUGUGGCCUCUGGGACAGACCCAUUUGAUGCUGGGACCUAUGAUCUUGGUCACCAUGUUGACAUUUUUCAGUGAGGUUGUUUCAGGCCCGCGGUCAAUGUUCCAGAGAUUCAGCUACAAGGAAACGAAGAGAGCUACGAAUGAUUUUGGAUCGAUGAUAGGGAAGGGUGGGUUCGGAACUGUUUACAGAGCGGAGUUUGGUGACGAUCUUGUGGUUGCUGUGAAGAGGAUGAACAAGGUCUCGGAGCAAGCAGAAGACGAGUUUUGCCGAGAGAUGGAGCUCCUCGGGCGGCUGCAUCAUCGCCACCUAGUUGCCCUGAGAGGCUACUGCAUCAAGAAACGGGAGAGGUGAGUGAAAAUAUCUGGUUUCCCUGAUGAUACUGAUGAUUAUUAUUAUUAUUAAUUAUCAUUGAUUAUUCCCUUUUUUGUGAAUUGCAGAUGUCUGAUGUAUGAAUAUAUGGAAAAUGGGAGCCUGAAAGAUCAUAUCCACUGUAAUCAUCCAUCCAUUUCUCAAUUUACCUGCCGGUGAAUGCUUUGAAGAUUUAUCAACGAUGAUGUUCUUGAAUAUGAUUCAUAUCUGUUUGUGAUAGCUUCGGGAAGAGCUCCAUUGAGCUGGCAGACGAGAAUCCAGAUCGCCAUUGACGUUGCCAAUGCUCUGGUAUUGGGACUAGUUUAUCACAGUGCCAUCUGUUUCGGGGAUCUCUUCAUCACUUCGCUCAUUCUUCCAGCGAUUCUUGUUCGUAAUCGCAGGAGUACCUUCAUUUCUACUGCGAUCCGCCUCUCUGCCACAGAGAUGUCAAGUCUAGUAAUAUUCUUCUGGAUGAGAAUUUUGUGGCGAAGGUGGCUGAACUUUCGAUCCCUCAGUCGUGAAUUCUUCUCGGUUUCUUUAGCGGCGUUAACACUCCCCGGACUGAUCUCUGCAGCUCGCCGACUUUGGCCUCGCCCAUGCUUCCAGAAGUGGUUCGAUAAACUUUGAACCAGUGAACACAGAUAUCCGCGGAACUCCAGGUAGGGUUUAUCCUGCUUCCAAAUGCAAGAAGAAGAAGAAGAAGAAGAAGAAGAAGAAGAAGAAGAAGAAGAGCCUCGAAUUUUGAAAUCUCGAUUGAAGCAGUAACCGGAACCUGGCUGAAUCUGAUGUCUGCAGGCUACAUGGAUCCCGAGUACGUGAUCACGCAGGAGCUGACAGAGAAGAGCGACGUGUACAGCUACGGCGUGGUGCUGCUGGAGCUGGUGACUGGGAGGCGCGCGAUCCAGGACAACAGGAACAUCGUCGAGUGGUUUCAGAAGUUCACGGCGGCGGAGUCGAGGCUACCCGGCCUGGUCGAUCCGGCGAUCAGGGACACCGUCGAUCUGGAGCAGCUGCAGGCGAUCGUCGGGAUCAUCCGAUGGUGCACGCAGAGGGAGGGGAAGGCGAGGCCCUCCAUUAAGCAGGUGCUUCGAUUGCUGUACGAGCGGCUGGAUCUGGAUCCCCUGCAAGGCGGCCCGAUCGGAGACGGCGAGGAGGAGGAAGAAGGCUCCGGCGGGGAGAGAGCGAGCAAGGGGAAGGGGCGGCGGACGGAGGGGAUCCACCAUAGCGCGUGGCUCCCGUCUUCUUCCAGCACAUCGAGAUCCUACUGCAGCAGGAGCUUCCUCCUCGAGGGCGGCUCCCCGCAGUCUCCUCCUGGUAUGUUCUCCCUCUGA